GCCACAUCACUCACUAAAGCAAACACAGCAUUAACAACACAGCAACCAGGAAGCUGCUAAUUCACAACAUAGUGGGACUAAAAGGAUACAAGUAAGAAAAAUAGCAAAACCCAAAGAGUGUCAGUCCCCUGCACAACAUGGCGGAGGAAGAGGCCGUCUCCCCAAGCCAGGAGUCCUAUUUGGCCUCCCUUGCCUAUGAAAUCUUCACAUCACCCCUGAACAUAUUCCUUUUGGGAGUAUGUGCGGUCCUCAUUUACAAAAUACUACGGCCGUCAGAUGGCAGUGGGGCAGCCACAGGACCACAGGAGCCGCCCAUUCCCAAAAUGAAACGGCAAGACAUGACCCUGGAGCAGCUGAGGCAGUAUGACGGCAAGGGGGAGUACGGCAGGGUCUGUGUUGGUGUCAACGGAAAGAUCUUUGAUGUGACACGUGGCAAGAAAUUCUACGGCCCUGGUGGGCCGUAUGCAGCCUUUGGUGGCCGAGAUGCCACCCGGGCGCUGGCCACCUUCAGUGUCGACGACGUCAAGGAGGACUACGAUGACCUCAGUGACCUCUCCUCUAUGCAGAUGGACUCCGUGCGCGAGUGGGAGAUUCAGUUCACUGAAAAAUAUGAGUACAUUGGCAAGUUGUUAAAGCCUGGAGAGGAGGCCACCGAGUACUCAGACGAGGAGGAAGCCAAAGACGCCAAAGACACCAAAGCGAAAAAGGAUGAGUAAAAAAAAAUAAUUAUAAUAAUAAUAUCUUUUCUGGUAAAAACAAAAAAUAAAAAAAAAAUAAAAAAAAGAUAAUUUUUAUGAAAAUAUCAAGGUUCUCGCCAGACUCCCAAAGUUUGUUACAGUUUUCUCUUUUGUAACCUUUGAAAUGAGGAAGUAAUACUAUGCAAUCAUUAUCUCAGCUAGAAUGUGAUUGGCACACAAGGCACGAAUAAUUGAUACCUUGGAUCAAUACAAACUCAAGAUCAGGAUUGCAACUCCCAAAGAUUAAACACACACAAAAAAAAGCAACAAAAAAAAAGGGGAAGUGUGAUUCAUAACCUUUUACAGCUUUGAUCUCACUUUUUUGUAACUAAUAAAGGAAACAAUUCAGAUCAAAUACUAUUCAGAAAAGUCACUGAUUAAAAAAAAAAAGGACAAAAAAAUCUAAGUAAAUCAGGAACUUUUUUUUUUUUAUUUAUUUAUUAUUUAUUUAUUUUUUUAUGAGAUCUACUAAGGAACCCUGGUGUUACUUUUGGACUGUCUGGCAGAUCUCUUCCAUAUGAUGCGUGUUUGGGGGCUAAGAGGUUCAAGAAGGGAAUAUUAGGCAUAGCUGUGUUUAUUAUAAGGCUGAAGGAGUUGUAGAUUAAGGUCAACCGGUGCCUGCCAAGAUGGGAAGCAGCUUUGUGACGGGGGGUUCGAGGGUGUCAGACGGAAACGGAAGCAUGACACACUUAGGUAAGGUUUGCGUAGUUUGUCUCCAUCCAUCCCCCUCUUCCGUUACUGUAGAGCACCGAGACAGCCGUUAUUAUUAGCUUCACAGGUGUUGUCUUACGUUAGGUUGUGUGUGGUGAAGGAUGUGGGUGGUGGUGGUUGGGAGUUAGAUAACCUGCUGUACUAACCUGUGUUUUGUGAGUUCCCCAAGUUUUAAGUCCUCUGAUCUGCUGAGAGUUCACCAUUGCCAGAUUUUGUAAGGAGAGUGACAGCAGGUCAGAGGGCUUAAGAUGAAAGGAAAGCACUGAACAUGAUGGUAGUGAGUGGAGGUUGCUGGACUUCUAAUUACAACUGUACAUUGGAAGCCUGGAAAGUGUGAUGUUUUGAGUUCAAAGUGACAACCAUGUAAUAUUUUUUUCACUGUCUCUCUUUCUGUUUUUUUAUCAUGAGGGAUGGAUGUUCAGGUUAGGUUUUUUUAUUUGAUAUAUAAUAAAAGCUUUCGUGUGAAGCUCCUAAUUUCUUGCUAGGUAAAAUUAAUACUACUGUAGUUUCUUUGAUGAUAAUGAGUGACUGAGUUUGGCAAUUGUUUGUAAUAAUAACAUGCCAGCUGGUAAUUUAAAGCCAUGAACAAUUAAUUGUAGUUUGAACUAUUUUUAAUGAUAUAAGUUUGUAGGCUUAGUUGAGUAGUAGCAUAAAGCUGUCUUUCAUUUUCUUUCCUUUAUCAUAAUACUUGGCUAAGUUUUCAAUAGUGGCUCGGUACACACGUGUGUGUGUGUGUGUGUGUGUGUGUGAGUGUGUCAGGUGUGUGAACUUGUGUAAAAGCAUGAAAGAUUAAGUUUGUAGGCAGGGCUAUACCAGUGAAGAACUAACUGCCUUAUCUAAAAAUGCUAUAAGAGUGAGAACCAAAAAAUGAAAGUUUAGUGAAUGGGAACAGUAGCUAGAGAGAGAGAGAGAGAGAGAGAGAGAGAGAGAGUGGAUGUGUGACUGCCUAGAGGGAACAUAGAGGGGAGAGUUGGCCAUGUCUGGUUGGAAGGACUUGCGUAGGUAACUUGGCCUCAAAUCGUAACCUUAGCCUUAUGAAGCACUGCUGUCUGACGUAAUUUUUAGUUGCCUCUGAAAUGCUGAUGCAGAGUUAUUUUCAUACCUACCCAAUAUAGCUGUACUUGGCCAAAUAUUUAGCUUUCUGAAGUAUAGUAUAUUGUAUAUCCACUCAGCCUUGUGUGUGAGGUUUGUCUUUCAGUCUUCGUGGAGAUGAUGCAUAUGUGGAGUGUCUUCAGAAGCGUGUGUACUGUACUGGUGCGGUGACUCUAAGGGGGAAGGAAGAGAAGUGUUAAAGCGUCUAUUGCACUGUUACCAAGUCUAAAGUUUAUGCCUCCUACGUGCAUUGCAUAUCACAUGUUGUAAUGGAUAAGCAAAGGCAGGGUGCUUUCUGGAAUUGGUUGCACGAGGCACCACAUUCACUGUUUAAAACUAUUGAUACUGAUGGAGACUCACAUUCUAGGGAAAGAUGAAUGAAGUGAGCAGCUUUUAAUGUAAUGGUCCAGUCAUUAUGUAUUUAUUAUUAUUACUGUUAAUUGGAUAAAGUGAAUGAUUUUCUUAUGUGAGUGGGGAUUGUGUGCUGCUCAGAACAGGACUUUGCAAUGCUUGUGAUGAAUGCCGAGGAGGUGGACCGUCGUAAUGGGUGUUGUGAGUCCCUCGCUGGGUUUUGUUCAUUAAUAGUCGCAAAAAAAAAGAAUAACAUGGGACAUACCUAUACAUAUAUAAAUAUAUAUAUAUUUAACUAUUUCUAAUUUUCUUCCAUGUAUUACUACAAUUUUUGCUUGAUGAUUUAACGGGCAUUGAGAUGAUUUGUUUGCAAGGUUGGGUUUCCAUAAUGCAUAAAGAAAGACUGAUAAUUGAUGAAUGCUUGAUUAUUUUAUUCUGGUGUACUGUACUACAUUAGGACUGAGCUUAUCUAGUGCGUCACGUGAAGGUGACAGCAGCGGAGGUGUUACUCGGUGUUACUCCAGCCAGUCCAUCGUGGUGUUGCUGGAGGUCUUGCCACGUCACCAGCAGGAGGGUGUUUUUGUUCAUGUGUUUUGGAGUCAUCUUUGGUCCUCUUUCGGUACUAUCUUUGUUUUUGCCAGUAAGUUUUCCAUUCUUGCUGUCGGUGUCCAGUAAUACAAGUGGAAUCUUUUAGUGUGUGCUACGUGUUGAUCGGUUAUCUGAGGUGUCCAGGUUUCAGAUCAUUUGGCAUUCCUGACUCUUGUUCUCCCAGCCAUGCAUGAAGAAGUUAAUUUAACUUUGUGAUAUUUAGAGAAGCAGAAUUUGUAUUUAUAUUUUUUACACAGUGUCAAGUGUAGUUUGAUAAUAAAAUAAAAUCAAUCCACAUGGAACUAAGUAGGAACCAAUAUUGUGUAAACAGGAUCACUUUCUUACAAGAUAAGGAGGUCAAGUGUGUACAGGUGAAUGUUAUGUCUAUUCAAAAAGAGUCAGUAAACUUAUUAUUAUACAAA